AUGAGUAAGCCAUCAUAUCGGAUUUUAAUUACAAGUCUCGAAGCGCUGGGACACAUUAAUGCAACAAUUGGAUUUGGUGAAAUGCUUUCUUCUCAUGGACAUGAAGUUAUUUUUGUUCAAAGACAAAAGUAUAAAGGUUUGGCUGAUAGUCGAGGAUUCAAAUUCAUACCAUUAGAUGAGGAGAUACUUGGAGCAGUGUUUGAAAACGCAGUCAGUGAUUGGGUUGACACUAAUAUGGAAACAUUCAGAGCCGAUCCUUUGACUCGAAUCAAAAAUAUGACUGAACAAGAUAAAAAGAACAUGGCUUUGAAUGAAGAAUCCUUUGUUAAACUAGAUUUAGCUUUAACCAAAGUGUUACACGAAAAUCCUGGUGCUUUUGAUGCCAUAGCCGCAGACGCCUGUGAUGUGGUCAAUUGUCUAUUCAACAGUGGAUUACCAGUUAUACCAUUAAUGUCAGGCAACCCCAAACUGUUGUAUAAAGGUGGACCACCAGCUGCCUCAGGUCUUUCCAUCAACGAUGACCCAAAAAUAUGGGAUGAAUUUGCCGAGAUAUAUCAAGAAGCAUUCAAAGAGAUGCAGAAUGUGUUCAACAAAUUAUUGAAAAAAGGUGGCCGUAAAGAGUAUUAUUACGGCAAUACCUGGGUUCUUCCUUUGAGACACUUUGGUUUUUACCAGUACCCUAGUGAUCUUGAUUACUCUGAAUGUGAACCUAAACAUGACGAGAAAUGGUUUCGAGUUGACAGUUAUGUUCGCUCAGCUGAUGAUACCAAUGAUUUUGAGUUACCUGAAAGUUUAAGUAAAAAGUCUGGAAAAUUAAUUUACUUGUCUUUGGGAACUUUAGGAUCAAACGAUUUACUCGUUAUGCGAAAGUUAAUCAAUGCAGCAUCCAAAUCUUCUCAUCGCUUCAUCAUCUCUAAAGGAUCUCGUGGUGAUCAACUUGAACUGGCAGACAACAUGUGUGGUGAAAAUUAUCUCAAUCAAAUCAAAGUUAUUCAAAUGGUUGAUCUAGUUAUAACACAUGGAGGCAACAACACUUUCAUGGAGACACUUUAUUAUGGCAAACCAAUGAUUGUUGUCCCAUACUUUUUUGAUCAAUUUGACAAUGCUCAACGAGUUGUUGAUAAGAAGAUUGGUUUCCGAGUCAAUCCUUAUGAUCUUGAUGAAGAUUAUUUUCUUGAUUGCAUUGAAAAGGCUUUGAGUGAUCAAGAAAUGCAAAAUCGAGUGAAAGCGAUCUCACAAAAUAUGAAAAACUCCAAGAGACAGUUGCAGGCUGUUAAAAUGAUUGAAAAUUUAAUAGAAGAGUUUAAAAGCAAAUAA